UAAUGGUGGAAAACCCUUGACCUCCCCUUUUGAAACCUAUUUAAGCCACCUCAGGGUUGGAAAUCAGUCCCAUAUCUGCUGCUUGGAGAGGAAGUCAACCAAUCUCAGAGGACACUCCUGUCAGACACCAACUCUGCCCCAACCAUUUCACACGAUGUUGCCACUGCUCAUCCUCCUCUCUGUGGGCUGGAGUAACAUGCCAACAAAUGGGGAGGUGGUGGACUCCUUUCAAGACAAUUGUCCUCAGUUUUUCCUCCGAGAAACUCCACCAGAUAUAAGGCUUCCUCCACACCCUGUCCUCAUUUGCCAGCGUUACAAAAACCUGUAUCGUUUUGCCUCUUUGUAUGAUAAAGACAAUCGCAUCCCAGUAUAUUCAGCUUAUAUCUACAAUCCGGGGAAAGCUAAGAGACCCACAAAAUGGAUGGUUGAACCCCAGCUCAUUAAUUCAGCAUUCCAAGCUGAAAUGGAAACCGAAGGAGACUUCCUGAAUAAAAAGGGGUCUAAAGUUGCUCUCCAGAUCAGCCAAGCCAUCUUGCAAGAUUACAAGAACCUCACCGAUUGUAACAGGGGCCAUCUUAACCCAAAUGGACACCAGCCUGACUACAGUGCCAAGUCAUCUACCUUCACCCUGACGAACAUUGUCCCGCAAAACAUAAAGCUCAACGGUGGGGCCUGGAACAACUACGAGCAAACCACAAUGGCAGAGAUGACCAAAGGAUGCCAGGAGACAUUUGUGGUGGUGGGAGCGGUGCCAGGGGACACCUACAUAGCAGGAGGGCGGGUCAACAAGCCCAGCCAUUUGUGGUCUGCCGCCUGCUGUGUGAUCGACAACAAUCAUCUUAGAUCCUGGGCCAUCCUUGCCAGGAAUGAAGAAAAUGUGGUGCUACGGUUCACUUUAGGCCAGCUGGAGGAUCACCUUGCAAGGCUGUAUAAUGUGAAUCAUGUCUCCCUCUUUCAUAGUGACUGUCCCCGGCAAUAAAUUAUUGUCGUUCUAGCACAAA